UGCUGUAAUUCCCACUAAUACGGAUCACGUCCAGGACGUCCUGGUGCGUCCUCGUUGACGUGGAUCCUAUUCGGCAAACAGACCCCCCCCACUCCAGAGUCUUGUGAUGGAUGGACCAUGAUUCACACAGCUGAAAUCGAGGUGGUUGGCGGGGUGCGUCGCAUCGGAUCGUAGCCGUUCCCAAAUGACUUCCUUGGCCCUAAAUCGCAGCCAGUCGUUGGCGAGCGGCCUGGAGAAGUCGUCGCCCACAUGGAACAAAGCUCCGCCCUCCCGCAGCAGCAGCACUCUGUCGUCUCGACACUCGCGACAGCUGAUUAAAGACUGGGAAGUGGUCGACGACUUCCAAGUGGAAGCGAAUGCCGCGGGGGAGCAUCCUCAAGAGAGGAGCACUCCGGGCGUCUGUGAAGGUUAUCUUCUCAAGAGGAGGAAGUGGCCGCUUAAAGGCUGGCACAAGCGCUACUUUGUACUGGAGGGAGGGAUCUUGAGAUAUUGUAAAAAUCAACAAGAUGUGUCCAUAGGAAGAGUGCAGGGCUCUCUGGACAUAAGCAGCGCUGUCAUGUCCAUCAACAAGAAGUCCAACCGGAUCGAUUUGGACGCAGGAAACAUUUUGUAUCACAUGAAGGCAAAGAGCCACGAGCUCUUCUACAUUUGGGUGACCAAGCUACAGGCGCAUCGCUCGUACAAGAAAAACGAGGCGGCGGCGGGACACGGCGGCGCCCACAACGGACUAACGCUGGACGCCGCCUUCCUCGGCGGACGGCCAAAGAGUUGCCCUCCGAGCUCCGCCAAGGAUGCUGUCGACAGCAAAGUGUCGGCGUGGCUGCAGCAGAGUUCGCCUCCUGAUGUCUGCGCUCAAGAACUGAACCGUUGCAAUUUAGACCUUUCCGAACUGAACCGCCUUGUCCAGAAGCUGCAGCUGCUGGAGGCGGGCCAAACGUUCACCAACGGGGAACUGCAGCGGAUCAUCAGCUCACAGAAUAUUUCCCUGGAGAAGCCAAAGAAGCAAAAGCCAGGAAAAGUGUGGGGUCACUCUCGCACCCUAUCCAGAGUAGAAGCACUGGGAAUGCUGUCCUCCGGCCCUCUGAGCAGCUCCUCCCACUUGGGCGCCUCCGUUCCAUCCAUCCCGGACUACGUCUACUCGCAGUUGACCCCCCUUAACGCUGCCUCAUCUGCAGAGGGCAAGAAGAUCCAGCAGGACAUCUGCGCUGUUUCACGGCGAGUCUUGGCCACGCUCCAAACGGUCCACCACUCAUUGUGCCAAGAGCGGCAGAAGCUGCGGGGAGUCUGGGAAAACAAUGACAUCGACAACUCCCACACGGAUGAGGUGGCAGCGGGGAGGCGAUCAUCCCGCAGGCCUCCCUCGGUGGCCGAGUCGACGGCCGAGUAUUUCGACGCCAGCGAUGACUUCCUGUUUGGGAGUUCCUCUGACGUGUCUGAUGAGUCGGGACUCAGCGACGGUAGCACGUCCAACUCCGAGCCGGAGGAAGGACAUCUAUCCGCCACCCGAAAGUACCGCGCCAGCAUUUCCAGAUCUCCUCACAGCGUUGCUCCGAAGAGCAACGGCCAGCGAACAACGCUUCCCGCGCCGUGUCCUGACAACAGCCACGUGGGCCUCAUGGCCAUCCUCUACAACAACAUCGGCAAGGACCUGGCUCGUGUGUCCAUGCCGGCCGCUCUCAACGAGCCCGUCAACCUGCUGCAGCGACUGUGCGAGGAGCUGGAGUACAGCCAGCUGCUCGACACCGCCGUCGCCACCGCCGACCCCUACCAGAGGAUGGUCUACAUUGCCGCCUUCGCCAUUUCGGGCUACUCCACCGCCACCUUCCGAAACCGCUACAAGCCCUUCAACCCGGUUCUGGGAGAGACCUACGAGUGCGUGCGGGAAGACGGCGCUUUUCGUUUCAUCAGCGAGCAGGUGUGCCACCACCCGCCCAUCUCCGCUUGUCACGCAGAAUCCGAGAACUACUCCUUCUGGCAAGACCAGAGGUGGAAGAACAAAUUUUGGGGCAAGUCGCUGGAGAUCGUGCCAACCGGGAUGGUGAACGUCACCGUUCCCAGGUACGGAGAUCACUACGAGUGGAACAAAGUGGUGACGUGCAUCCACAACGUGCUGAGUCAGCAGCGCUACCUGGAACAUUACGGGGAAGUCACCAUCCGCAACCUGAAGAGCAACGCGUGUACCUGCAAGAUCACUUUUGUCAAGUCUCGCUACUGGGGCUCGGACGCAAACAAGAACGAGGUCCAGGGCACCGUGCUGGACCAGAGUGGCAGCGUCAUCCACCGCUUUGGAGGUCUCUGGCAUGAGGGGAUCUUCUGUGACACGCUGCCCACACCCAAAUGCGUCUGGAAGCCAAACCCUCAACCCAAAGACCACCUGAUCUACUACGGCUUCUCCGCCUUUGCCAUGGAGCUCAACCAGCUCACGGCAGACCUCAAACCUCUGCUGCCCCCUACUGACAGCCGCCUGCGCCCCGACCAGAGGAUGCUGGAGGAGGGCCUAGUGGAGGAGACGGACCGAAAGAAAGACGAGAUCGAGGAGCUGCAGAGGGAGAGGAGGAAGGAGCUCGGCAAGAAAGGAGAGGAGCACGUCCCGGCGUUCUUCAAAAAAGCCAAAGAUUCUUGCGGGCGCGACGUGUGGUUGACAAAUGAGACUUACUGGAAACUCCGAGAGGAUCCCGGCUUUGCAAAGCUCCCGUGUGUCACGCUGUGGUGAUGUUUGCGCACAAAAACAAACAAAAGCCGCUCGUGGUCGGCUGAGAACGGCCGUGAUUGGAUCACUGUUAUUUCAACUUUUAUGUGUGUGUGUGUGUGUGUGUGUGUGUAUGGGGGCGAAAAAAUGCAUACUAUGUUUCCUUUAAGCUUUUAUUUGAAUAGAAAAUAAGAAGCAACAGUACAACAUUACUCAAUUGUGCCACCUUGAAUAAAUAACACUUUUAGAAAUCUCA